CUAAAUCUAUAACAUAAGCCAUCCUUCCAGGGACAAACAACUCAGAUCUCUCAAUAUGCCUGGACUUCAACGAGCAAAUAGUAUGGAAAAUGGACUUCCCAAUCUUUGUCUUAAACUUCAACUCCUCCUCGUCCUUCUUCUGAACCUCCUUUUUCUCCUUCUCCUUCUCCUCAAUGGAUUUAGUGGCCAACUUCUCCAUCUCCUGCUCUUGUUCGUGCUCUUUGUGCUGAAUCUCGCUGCGCACUUUCUGCAGCAGCGCAUAAUCCAAACCUUUCACCAAAUGCGUGUGCUCCAUGUCACCACCCAAAAACUUGGAUUCCUGGAUCAUUUGCCGUCUGCGCUCUGCUGCAUCGAAACCCGACUUUAAAUCUGGCGCCACUGCACGAUAAGCCUGCGCCGCUUGCACGGGAUCGUCAGCUUGAUAGUCAGGAUUCACACCAGAACUAAAACAUUACGUUAAAAAUGUGUACUUAUACUUAACAAGUUGUUUUACUUACCGUCUUUCACCGGCCCUGUCUCUGUACUUCUCGGCCAGUUCUGCCAUCUUGUUAUCCUCCUGUUUCUUCAACUUGGCAUAGUAACUCUUCUUUUUUCUUCUCAAAUCGUUUUUGUCCUCUGUUUUUGGGGGCAGCAUGGUUCCCGAAGCUGCCAUAGCCUCUCUUAUGGACCCUGUUGCAGGGGCCCCGGCAGGGGUGGCCCUGGGAGUCAUCAGAAGCUUCCUGAAAUCAUCGUUUGUGAGUCUUUGAGACCCUGGCGUUUCGUUGGGCAUUUUGAAGCGUUUCUCUCAGCACAACAGUCACUAAACCAAUUGUAUGUUUAUAGCACUAGAUAAAGUUUGUGAAGUCCACGAAAUGAUGUCGCGAAUGGUAUUUUAUCGAUUGUUUUUGGUUUUGUGUCGAAUUGAAGCCAUAAUAAUCAAAAUAAUCAACAAAUUGAUUGAAGAAACGUCAAAACUAAUUAGGGGGUUCAAGUAGUUCUAAUAAACCGAGGUUGCCAUAUUGUGCCUUGCAAGUUAUUUUUUGUUAUCAGCUGUUUUGUUUUUGGCUUUUGGCCACCAAGGAAGAAGAAGAAGAAGCGGUUUUGUUUUGUUUUGUUAUAGUCUUUAGAAUAAAAAUUUUAUAUUUAUAUUUAAUAUUCUUACUAAAGCUAUAACAAAACAAAACUGUUAUAGUGACUUUUUGAACAAAACAUUUUAAUAAACAUAAUGGGUAGGCGUUGUGGUUUGUGCAACUCAACCUCAGGCCAGGGAAUUAAACUUCAUAGUUUUCCCAAAAAACCCGAGUUGGUAACAUUGUGGAAAUUAGCCUGUGGGUAUAAUGAAUCCGAUGUUGUCAGACGAGUGACCAUCUGCUCAAAUCAUUUUAGAUUAGAGGACUAUGACGAUACUGGCAAAAAAUUAAAGACAGGUGCAAUUCCCAGUUUUAUUAAAGGAAGGAAGCAUGCCAAUGCAUUGUUACCUAAAGCGCCACAUUUAUUAGAAUCGGGUGCAUAUUCGGAAGAUUUUCCAGAACUAGUAGAGCUUAUUAAGGUGGAGCCAAAAGAUGUUUGUAAUGAUAUGGAAGAAACAAUUCAAGAAGAAAAUAUAGAAAUAAAAGAAGAGGAUUACAGUGAACAUAUUGAUAUAGAGUUUGCAGAUCAAUGUAUAGAAUAUACAAUCAAAUAUUUAAAACAAUGUACUGAAACAGAUUUAGUUAACCGAAUUAUGCUUUUGGAGAAUUUAAAAAAAGACUUACCAACAUUUAAGUGACUGUCUACUUGCAAUUAGUUUAGGUUUAUUAAUAGGUUUUUUUAUUUAUUAUAGAGCCUUUCCAUCUCAAAUCGACCAGGCAA